AUGGCGACGGAAAAUAAUUUAAUUGGUUCAAUCAAGGAGUUUAACCAUCAAUCAUCUCAUUUUUCGGUUUUUAAAGUGAAAAUUGAACAGUUUUUCCUCACGAAUGGUAUUAAAGAGGAUCAGAGGAAACGAGCCAUAUUGCUGAAUUUCAUGACUGACGAUACCUACAUUUUAUUAAGGAAUUUGUGUGUUCCCGAUGCUCCAGAAAAAAUGACUUCAGAAAAAUUAAUGGAAAGUUUAUCCAAGCAUUGUACUCCCGUAGAGUCCUACUUUACGGCUAGAUUGAAGUUUUAUGGAGCUAAGAGAGGAGAUGAAGAAAACGUGGCCGAUUGGGCUGCUAGGGUUCGUAGUUUAGCGUCUGGGUGCAAAUUUGGGGACGAAUUCAAGAUAGUGUCACGAGAUAUCUUUGUUGCUGACGCAACAUUCGCAGUUGAUUUAGAAACGUACGAGUGA